AUGAAGGUGAAAGGUGCCAAGAAGUCCAAAAAUAAGCUCGGGCAGCGGCAACUUAUCAACUGCGAGGACUACUACGUUGAGGCCACUGGAUAUGAAGAACAGGGAGAGCGUUGGAUGCUUUCAGACAUCAAAAAGACUUUAAGGUUCUAUUUAAAGGCCUACGAGAUUUACGAAGCUGGCCUUAGAGCACCAGGAGCUACUUUGAAGGGCACAUAUGACAUCAUGUACAAUGAAACGCGCCUUUUCCUACAGAUCUACACAUCGUACGUUGCAAAUAGUGGAUAUAUGAAUCUGCUACAGUAUGUACAUUUAGAAGACCUACCAAUGAUACAUACUCUAACUAUCCCGUUGACUGAAAUUGUCAACAAAUUUGAGGAGGUUUUUGAAAAGUUUAGUCAAGUUCGUACCUGGGACUUGGAGUCCAAUUUAUUAACUUGCUAUUUACUGUUGUUAGAAUCAACUGAUGAAUAUCGACUGAACGCUGGAGACUUGAUUCGGUUAGCAAAGAAGUUCAUAGAGCUAGCUCUUCAUUCUUUGGAUUUUCAAGUAAUCGAGCUUCAGAAAUUUGAAUCAACAGAAUCUGAAGAUGAAAGAGCAGUUAAUGAGGAGCCCAACGACUCCCAACCAAGCGACGACAUGGUCGACUACAUGGAGCAGGCGGAUCAAAUCACUUUGGAAACAAUUUCAGAAGUGUUAGUUGGAGGUUUCAAGUUUGUUCAAGUCCUAAUGGAGAUCAUAGUAGAGAGCAGACUUGGAAUUGCAAGAGAUGUGGCGCUCACCCCCAUGGAGGCAAAUCGAGUCGAGGACCUCAUAAUAUCAUUUACACAUCAAUUGAACAAUCGUUAUGCAGCUAUUUGCUCUUCCUUCAAGCUUGAGGAGGAGGAGCUCGCCGUCGUUUUGGAGAUAAAUAAAGGAAUUGAAAUUGUCUCUCACGGCGAUUUAACUGCCAUUGAACCCUAUAUAACCGACAGCUUCACCGACAUUAACAUCCAUUUACUACUAGGCAAAGUUGAUGUCUUAUCGUUCACUAUUAGCUGUCUAGAUUCAACAGAAAAUUUUGACACCGAAUGGAAGUUGUGCACAUUGCUGAACAAACUUUUAACGUCGGCAGCGGCGAAAUUGUCUUCGAUACGAAACAAUAUAAUAUCAGGGAAGACAAAAAAUGCAAGUGAUCAGUUGAGUCAUAUCGUGUUUCAGCUGUGUGAUGUAACUAUCAAUUCUUCAGACAAUGAGCUAAGAAGAUGGCAAAUAAAGGCAAAUGCUUCUGGCGAUAAUGCAGCCAAAACAAUGGAGAUCCUUAUGAGAAAUGCAAAAACCCUUUUGACUAACGCACUGAAAAUCUCCGAAAAAUCUUGCGGCAUGGAAGAGAAUAUCGUAGACAAGUUGAAGAGAAACUAUAUAUAUAACCAGGCCCAGGCUAGAGUCAGUAUGCUUACAUCUCCCAAAGAGUCUGACACUUCACAGAUUUCUGAACUAGUUGCCGAGCACCCAUUCUAUAAUGCCCUGUAUAAAGUUUAA